AUGAAGAUUGCGUUUUUCUCCACACACAGUUACGACAUCGAAUCAUUGGACCGCAUUGCUAAGGAAGAUGGCGUGACUCCCGCUCACGAGAUCACUUUUCUGGCUCCACGUCUGGAUCAGAUGUCCGCUAAGCUCGCCGAGGGCUGCGAAGGCAUUUGCAUUUUUGUAAAUGACAUUGCUGAUGAGCAAACGCUUCGUGUUCUCUAUGCCGGUGGCACUCGUGCUGUGUUUCUGCGCUGUGCUGGUUUUGACAUGAUCGAUCUCAAGGUCGCCAAAGAGCUUGGCAUUGCCGUGACACGCGUACCAGCCUAUUCACCGUAUGCAGUGGCCGAGCAUGCGGCUGCUUUGAUGAUGACUCUUAACCGAAAGAUUCACCGUUCAUACAAUCGUACGCGCACGGGUAAAAUUGGUGCGCUCUUUGCUCGUAUCGCAGCUGGCUUUGGUGCCAAGGUACUUGCUUAUGAUGUAGUACAGAGUCCAGAGGCUCUGAGCUACGGCGUCGAGUAUGUAAGCCAAGACGAGAUUUGGGCGCGUGCAGACAUCAUUUCGUUGCACGCUCCUCUCUUCCCAAGCACGAAACACAUGAUCAAUAGUGAAAGUAUUGCCAAGAUGAAACAAGGUGUGACGAUAAUCAAUACUAGUCGAGGUGGUUUGAUUGACACCAAGGCUCUUGUGGAAGGAUUGAAGAGCGGCAAGAUCCGCGGUGUUGGUCUUGAUGUGUUUGAAGGAGAGGGCGAAUACUUUUAUUCGGACUGUUCAGGUGGGAUCAUCGCUGAUGAGACUCUCGCUCGUCUUUUCACAUUUCCGAAUGUGAUAAUUACGGGCCACCAAGCUUUCUUUACAAAAGAGGCUUUGGACAGUAUAGGUCACACUACGAUGGCCAACAUCAAGGCGUAUAUCGCUAACGAGCCGCUAGUAAAUGAGGUCAAAUAA